UUAGAGCGUUUCUACUUCCGGGGACGCUGUAACGACCGUCGCUGCUGCAACGCGGGCUGAGCCUUGUUUUUUCUUGCUACAGUUUUUGUAUUGUUAUUUUGCUUGGAAAGUACGAUAUUUUCAAUAUGGCUAGUCAAACGAGGUCGCAGAAAACUACAUCAGUGAGGAAAGAAUAUGUCCGUACCUCCGCCAGGACCCCAGGUUCUCCUCUUAGCCCGACUAAAAUGAACCGGCAUCAAGAAAAGGAAGAACUGGUGCAAUUGAACACCAGAUUGGCUGCCUACAUUGACAAGAUCCGCUCACUGGAAGUAGAAAACUCUGGCUUACAAUCUCGUGUUACGACCAUUGUAGAAGAUCAUUCACGAGAGGUAUCUAACAUCAAAGCUCUCUACGAAGCGGAGCUUGGCGAUGCCAGGAGGCUUCUAGAUGAAACAUCUAAAGAGAAGGCCAAGUUAGAAAUCAAUGUUGGGAGGUACACACAGGAACUUGAUGACUUCAAAGCGAGAUUUAACAAGCUGGAGAAAGAUCAUGCAUCCAACUUGAAGAAGCUGCACAACCUUGAAGGUUCACUCGCAGACAAGGAUGCCCGUCUUAAGUCCACCAUGAGUGAGAACCGUCAGCUGGAGUCUGACAACAAUGACCUGAGGAAGAACCUGCAGAACAAGGACAAGCAGUUGUCUGUUGCUAAGAAACAGGUGGAAGAAGAAACUGUUCUAAGAGUUGACCUUGAGAAUCGAUUUCAGAGUUUGAAAGAGGAACUCGCUUUCAAAGAAAAUAUCUACAAAGAAGAACUGGUGAAAACAAAAGUCCGCAGACAGGAAGAAGUCACAGAAAUUGACAACCGUAGACGCAUAGAGUAUGAUGAUCGUCUGCAAGAAAGUCUGGAAGACCUCCGUGCUGACCAUGAAGAACAAAUGGAGCAGUUGCGCAAAGAGUCGGAAUACAUUUACGAUAGCAAGUUCAAUGAUCUGAAGCGAAUUGCAGAACAACAGCGCAAGUUGGCAUCAGCUGCCCAAGAGGAGCUUCGUGAUGCACGUGUGACUGUUGAGAAGCUGGAGAAAACGAUCACAACAUGGGAAAAUGAGAACGAUAUUUUGAACAAGAGGAUUAAGAAUCUGGAGAGACAGAACAAAGAAAACCGUGACAGCUAUCAGAUAUCACUGAACGAACGUGACGAAGAAGUGACCAUCCUGCGAGAGCAAGUAGAAGAACAGUUGAAGGAGUAUGAGAGUUUGCUAGCAACGAAAGUCUCACUCGAUGCCGAGAUUGCUGCUUACGACAACCUUCUAGGAGCUGAGGAAGUUAGAUUGAAUAUCACUCCAUCACCACCAAGAAGUCAGUCUAGAUCUCAGAAAAGAGCCUCCAAGACUCACACACCAAUGCGCCAGCUCCGUGCCAAACGUCGCCGUGUACGUGAUGCAUCCAGCAUUGUUCAGAGUGAACAUACCAGCGGAUCUGUGUCUAUCGUUGAGGUCAGCAUUGAUGGAAAGUUCAUCAAGUUGAAGAACAUUUCCGAUUCGGAUCAACCAAUGGGAGGCUGGAUGCUGAAGAGUUGUGCCGGCGAUGACGAAGUAUCGUAUAAAUUCAGUAACAAGUACAUAUUGAAGGGCAAUCAAGAAGUGACGGUGUGGUCAUCCGGUAGUGGUCAGGCCAACAAUCCCCCUUCAGACCUUUUGGCAAAGAACAGGCCAUCGUGGGGUACUGGAGAUGAGAUCACCACAACCUUGCUGGAUAGUAAUGGCGAAGCCAGUGCUACGAGAUCCUUGAAAAGAGAAUUUAGCUACAGUGAUCAGCCGGAAGAAGAAUCUUCAAAGUGCCUGUUGAUGUGAAUGAGUUGAUGCAUUGCAAGAUUAUACCAUGUUCCUGAUACAUUGCAAGCCUGUAAGACAGAUAGAAAGAAUAGAAAAGAGUGACUGUACCUAACCAAAGAUACAAUACAGUAUAUCAACAUCUGUUUGUUCUCUAUCUUUUGUAAAACUUCCCCAUGAAAAAAUACAAAUGGCGAUUGGAACAUAUUUGUCUUUUAAAACAUUUCAGGAAUAUAUUGGAGAACAUUCUUAUCCUAAAUAUCUAAUUAUCAAUUGGUCAACUGAAGACUUGUUGAUGAAUAAAUAUAGUCUUUUGGUGUCUGUUAGUUUCACAUAGAAAUGAAAUUUUGAAUUUGGUAUAUUAGAAGUGAAAUCAGGAAUGGUGUCUAUGGUUACAUCGUCUGUGAGAACCAUACAAAAUUGCCCGCCUUAGGAUAAAAAAUAUAUCGUUGGAUUAAAUUUACAAAGUUAAUGGAUUUAAACUUGCACUGAAUAAGCUUCGACAAUAACAAUAAUUGACAUGUUCUGUAAAAAAUCGCAGUAUGACAAUGUCAUUAAGUUGUCAAUUUGUUAGAAUCAUGAAUGUUAAUUUACUAUGUCAGGGAAAGAAAUGAUUUCUCAAUUUCAUUUCAUAUUUUUAAUGUUUUUGAUACAAACAAUUGCUUUUUGAUAAUCUCAGAUGUAAUCUCAACCUAUUUUAAGUACAGUGUACUAUACAUAAUAAUCAAGUUUAAUAGUUGUGUUGCUUAGAUGUAAAUACUGUAAUACUUGCAAUGUUAUUGUCUUGUUAUCGUGGCUGUUACAUUAAGUGUCUGCUCCCCACCUUUUUAUUUUAAUUCAUGUUAGACGCACAUUUUAAUAAUCUUGCAAAUACAUUAAAGUGUAUGGCUGUGACAUUAAGUGUCUGCUCCCCAACUUUUUAUUUUAAUUUGUUAAACGCAGCAUUUUAAUAAUAUAUAGCCAAGAUGUGAGUGGAUUGCAAAUACUUUAUUUUUAUAAGUUUAUGAUCAUUGUGGUGCAUUCAACUUCUCCUCUAUGGUGCAAGUGAACAGCAAAUUAUCACUCCCUCUGUGGUGUGUGUGUGAACGGUAAAGUAUUUAAUAUCCUCCCAUCUGUACACUACGUAAUGCUUUUAUUUAUCGGAUAUUAUGUACCGGGGUAGGUAGCUACUAAAUGGAGUUAACAAAUUAGUUUUUAAGAAUUGUUGUACGAGAAAUGUACUUUAAAUGCUUCCCUGAUGUAGGUAGAUAGAUUUUAUCUUGGACUUGAAUAUUUUCCAACCAUGUAUAUAAUGAUGGGAAAAGAAAUUGUUGAACAAAACUUAGAUGGAUUGUCCGUCCACCCAUAUCCAAAAGUGUGGCUUUCAAUAGGCCAGUAAGGUGUGUGACCUAUGCUUGGGCAUGGUUUUUUUUUACUAACAUUAAUUUUUUACAUCAAGAUAAUUUUUGGAUAAGUGUAUUAUUGUAGCAUGAAACAUUUGUAGCACUGUAGUCUUAUGAUGCAUGCAUUUAAUUGAACACCAGCUAAAAUUAAAAUAAAGUAAAGUAGAAAGUA